UUCCCCAGUUCCGAAGAGGAUGCUCUUGCUUCUGAAGAGACGACGGCCAUGGCGUCGUCUUCUCCGGGGCUUCUCCGUCUGGAGCUUCGGGGACGCAAGCAAUGGUGCGCUUGGACUUGAUUCCCCGAUGCUCGACGCCUAUGAGCCUUCCAGAGUGGAUUCGCUGCCGGAAAGCGUCGUGGCGGUAGCGGCGGGGCACUACCACUCGCUCGCCGUGACGGCGGAGGGAGAGAUCUGGGCGUGGGGGCGGAAUGAGGAGGGGCAGCUUGGGAGAGGUGGGGUAGCUCAAAGAGAUACAUGGAGAAAGCCAGAAAAGGUCAUUGGGUUGGAUCAUGUAAAAGUUCGAGCUGCAUUUGCAUCUGGUGUUGUUUCUGCAGCCGUUGGGGUUGAUGGCUCUUUGUGGGUGUGGGGUAAAUCUAAGCGGGGCCAGCUUGGUCUUGGGAAGGGAGUGGUAGAAGCUGUAUAUCCUUCCAAAGUUGAGGCUCUUUCAGGGCUAGAUAUAACCAAGGUAUCAUUUGGCUGGGGACAUGCAUUGGCCCAAACCAAGGAAGGGAAAUUGUUCGGCUGGGGUUAUUCAGAAGAUGGAAGAUCUGGGCACAUGGGUCAAACAUUGAACACAGCAACUACACAGCUUCCCAGAGCACAAGAACUUGUGGAGGAAUCCACAUUGCUUGAAGUUGCAGAGAAGCUAGUGGCUGAAAAAAUAGAGAAGGAAGACAAAAUGCCUAUCAUUUGGCAACCGACCAUGGUGACCGAACUAAGCUUUCUCAAUAUAUCAGACAUAGCUUGCGGACUUGAUCAUUCUCUGGUGCUUUGCAGUGAUGGCAAGCUAUUAAGUUUUGGAAGCAACACAUAUGGUCAGUUAGGAAGGAAUACAGAAGGCUCUGUGAUACUACCAGUCCUUGUUGAUUUGCAUCCCCUCACCGUGUCCGCCGGCCUUGGUCACUCCCUAGUCUUAUGUCGAAUUCCAUCAAAUGAAAGUGCUAGAGAGGACAAUGCUGUUCUUUCUUGGGGAUGGAAUUGUAGUUAUCAGCUCGGUCGUCAGGGACCAGAAACCAUCCCGGGAUUGGUUGAAGGUCUAGAAGGAGAAAGACCGGUGUCGAUCUCUGCAGGUCGUGUUCACUCCAUUGUUCUCACUUCAAAAGGAGAGGUAUGGUCAUGGGGUUCAGGUAGAAAUGGCAGGCUAGGAUUGGGAAGCUCAACCGACGAAAUGGAGCCAGCUCUGAUUGAAUCUUUAGAUGGCUCAGAGGUGCUGCAAGCCGUCGCAGGUUUUGACCAUAAUCUGCUCCUUGUCGCUGAAUGAUAAUUCAUUCGAGCUCGUACUUAAUUGCAGAUGUUUAAAUUCCUGCCAUCCUUUCAAAGCUUUUGUCAAUGCAGCCAGUAAUUGUGAUUUGUCUGCGCAAUCGAAUUAAAGAAGGAAGAUUCCUCAAAAUGUGGCUAUGCACUCUGCUUCUUGUAUUUUCAAGGAACAAAAAUAAAAUAACUUGACUGAAGAUGAAGAUGAGGAAAAAGGGGUGGUGAGUGAUGACUAUUAUUAAUGUAAAAUACUUUUAUUUAUCUUUUAGCUCUGAUCACAAAAAUUGUCAUAUUAUUUCAUAAUUAGAAAAUAAUUAAGAGAUUUUUGACAAUUUUACUCUGACUAACAAUCACUAGAUGUCCUAGUGAAAUUUACCAUGCCUGUUUGUCCCUUUUAACACUUCUUAUGAGCGGUGCUUGUU